UUUUUACCGUUUUAUUAAAAAAUCUACCGUUAAACAACAGCAACGAAGUCUACUUCAUCCUUUUGGCCUGAGCAAAAUUUGUGACAAUAAUACAACAAAACAAAAUACAACUAAAGCUACAACAACAAUAAAAAUUUAUACAAAAAUCUUUCAACAGUAACCCACAAUAAUGUUGGCCGGCAUAAGGAAACGUUUAGCACGCAAACAACUUGAUAUCAAAGAAUGUGAAGAUGAUGAUAAAGAUGAUUUGCAUGCGACAGCGUUUGUGCCACCCACCAAUUAUAUAAAAAUUUCUCAAGGAAAAAUACAAUUAGUACAUCAGCCGCCGCCGCCGACACCAACAACAACGCCCUCAACACUGCUGCCGCCGCCACCCUGCUCACCACCACCCUCAUUCAGCAGCCAGCAUAUAUGCAAUGGUUUGGAGUCGCCCAACGACAAGGAUAAAAUUGAGCAUCGGAUUGUAGAACUUGAAGCGGCUCUGCUAAGAUUGCAGGAAAAAGUUAAUAAUAGCCAAUGCGGGUCACCAACAUUUGAAAAAGAACUGCGUCAGCAAUUGGAAAACAUGAGUCGUGUUAUUAAAUCCAAGGAGCGUAAACAAUUGCAAACAUGCCGGGACCAUAAAGCUUUACAGACACGUUUUGCUCGCCAAGAAAAUUUGCUACACACUUUACAACAGGAAAAUAAAGCGCUCCUGUUACGUGUACGUCAAUACGAACACUGCUUAGAUGAUGUUAUGCGUAAAGUGGUGGACGCCAUUGUGGCCGAAGAUAAUCUGCGUGAAGAGGUGUCACUUUUAAAGGGUCGAGUACGUGAUUUAGAAGCGCAAAAUGCAGCUUUAUCGGCGAGUCCCGCUAAGGGUCGCGAUGAGGGCUAUUGUACGAUGAGUAGUGGUCAACCACAACCUUCAAAUGGUCAUUUGGAAGAUUUACCUGAAGAGCCGGAACAAUGGCUGUUGCCGGCUGAACCGUGUUCAACGGAAAUGGAAGACUGGAGUAUGUCGCAAGAAGAAUUGGCUGUGAUAACAUUAGAUGACGAUAGAGAACUACAACAUAGAAGGCAACAGAAACUAAGUGAACAUGACUGGAUAUGGAAUUCAACGGAUUUGCUCAAUUCGACAAUGGUGGAAACCGAUUCGGUUGGUGACAAUAUAUCACAACUGUUGCAACAAAAGAUUAUAUAUUCGGAAGAUGAAGAAGUAGCCUGUACAGAAUUUACCAAUGAUUUCUACAAGCUAGUUAAUAUACGUUCCAGUUCCGCACGCAGUCUUUAUUCAUACAUUGAGGGCGAUACAGAUGAUGAAGAUGACGAUGAGGACGAUGAAGAUAGCGAAGAUGAUGAUGAUGACGAGGAGGAUGAUGGCAAUUCAAGUUUAUCGCCCAGUCAUAAACGUUUACGCUCAAAAGUUUUAAAAUCCCGCCAAAAACAACCUAGUCCUACACCUAGUGAAGCUGGUAGGGCCCAGGUGACAAGCUGUUCCUCUAGUGAAACCGAUGAUUUCUCCCACUGUACCACACAUCAGGAAAUAACACUGCAAACCCUAAAAGAAAACGAAAUUAUAGGCGAAGAAGAAGUAGCUGUAAAUGAAGAUGAACAAACUCUCGACCAGCAUAGUGAUAUCGAAAUUGAAGAGGUUCAAUUGGAUGGCGAAUUACAAACACCGCCCGUAAUAAUAAUGAAUCACACCAAUCAUCAGCGACAUUUGAGCGAACACAUGACCGAAAAGGAGUGCAUAGAGCAAAUAAUUAAAACAGAACUGAGCAGGACACCCAGGCAUAAACUAAUGAAGUCUCAAUCGACCAUCGAGGAAAGAGAAACCAAUAAUAUAUUGAGAAAUCGUCAACAGCAAAACGAUAAACUUUCCCAAGUGGUUAGAAGUGGUAGUGUGAACGGUAAUUUAGUUACUAAGGCCAGAUAUCAAGAAAGAAUACAGAAUACAAAUAAUUCCUGGAGACGCAGCAAUGGCUGGAAAAGGGUUAUAUCACCCUCCCACUCUCCCACAGUAGCAUCUCCUAAAAAGGAAACAAAACCCUCAGACUUAAAAAGUCCUCCUAAGCCAACACCCACACGCAUACCCUCAUGCAAGCCAACUUCCACAUGCCCCAACAAUCAACAGCAACAAAAAGUCUCAACAAAUACAACUACUACUCAUCUCCAAACUUCUCAACAAUCUACACGUAAAUCGAAAAUUCCUCCUCCUGUUCCCGUAAGACGUUCCUAUGCUAGUUAAAUCUUAUUAUAAAGACUUGUUAAUUUCAAUGAAAUUCUGAAAUUAAUCCAUUUGAGGUUCUUUUGUAUAUAGAAAGAAAUAGAAGUGCGUCAUAGUUUAAGUUUAAUUAAUAAGUCCGAAAAACAUUUAUUAAAAAAAAGACUAAUAUGUGAUAUACAUUUGAAAAAUAUUUAAAAAAAAAGAAAAUUAUUAUUAACAUUAGAAACUAAAAACACCAAAUUAAACAACAGACAAAUUAACUGCCGUUUCAAUAGACUUUAAACAAGUAAUCAAAAGAA